AUGUUCCAGGAUUCCAUGCAAAAGCGACCGUCCCGCAGAGGGUUGUUCCUCACUGUGUUGCUCCUCACGUGCAGCCGAGGAGGGGAAGCCAGAGAGGGUUGCGUUUUGCAGGAGAGCGGCGCCUGGAGUCAGGGCCUGGGAGCCGCCCUCGGCCGGAAGGGGCAGGGCGCCCAGGGCACCAGCCCGCGGCUGCAGAGCAUCUUCCUGGGUCGCUGCGCCGAGUACAUCACGCUGCUGAGCCCCCAACUAGGGGACAAGAACUGCACAGCCAUCUGGGAAGCCUUUAAAGUGGUGCUGGACAAGGAUCCCUGCUCUGUGCUUCCCUCGGACUAUGAUCUCUUCGUUAACUUGUCGAGGCACUCCAUUCCCAGAGACAAGUCCCUGUUCUGGGAAAAUAACCACCUCCUUGUUACUAGCUAUUCGGAGAACUCCCGUCGCUUUAUGUCUCUGUGUGAUGUUCUGUAUGGUCGGGUUGGAGAUUUCUUGAGUUGGUGUCGACAGGAAAAUGCCUCUGGACUGGAUUACCAAUCCUGCCCUACCUCAGAAGACUGUGAAAACAAUGCUGUGGAUUCCUACUGGAAGAGGGCCUCCAUGCAGUAUUCAAGGGAUAGUUCUGGCAUGAUCUAUGUCAUGCUGAAUGGCUCAGAGCCAAAAGGAGCCUAUCCCACCAAAAGUUUUUUUGCAGAUUUUGAAAUUCCAUACUUGCAGAAGGAUAAAGUCACACAAAUUGAGAUCUGGGUCAUGCAUGAUAUCGGAGGACAUAAUGUGGAGUCCUGCGGAGAGGGCAGCGUGAAGAUCCUGGAAGACAGACUGGAGGCCCUGGGCUUCCGGCACAGCUGUGUUAACGAUCACACACCAGUGAAGCUCCUGAUGUGCGUGGAUCACGGCACCCACCCCGACUGUGCCUUCUCCUCGUCAGCAGCAUCUACUGAAAGAGGAGCCCUGUCUCAUUUUACAGGGCAGAGUGCCGCCCUCAUCCUGCCUCUGUUGGUGGCUUUGGCUUCAGACUCCCAAAUGUAACUAGAAGCGUGACUGUUUUAGCAGCUGUCAGCCACACCCACCUGUGCUCAGUCUUUGGUCCUGCUCUGCAUUUGCCAAGAAUCCUGUUCUCCAGAGAUACUUCUUUCUGGGAAAAUGAUGUCGAGAUCAUUUUUCAGUGACUUUCAUGCUCAGAAUUCUGGAAACAAAUCAAUUUAGUCCUGCUUAGCAGGUUAAAUCUGCGGCCUUAAAAUUAAGGCAAUUUUUGAUUUUCUUAUUUUUACAAUGGUGCCAAUUCUUGAGGACCCCCCCCAUUGAUUGCAAUAAUCUUAUACAAAUAUUUAGAGCAUUCUAAUAGAACAGUGUUUUGUAUUUUCAGUAUUUUUCUAUAGCUCAGGAAGUGCAUGAUGCAGGCUUGCUGCUAGCUUGAGAUAUAUGUAUACCAUAUAAUAUACACAUAUGUAUAUAUCAGAUAUGCAAAUGCUACAUGUAAAGAGAUUUAUUUAAAGGCUACUUACGGUAAGGGCAUGAUCCAAAUGUCCAAUACUAUUUACAUAUUUAUUGGAACUGCUUAGACCUGCUUGCCUAAGCUUUGGUAUAUCUGUAGGAUGGACUGUCAUCUAACAAGUAACAAUAAUGCUUAGCACCACUAAUGGCCUUGAACUGGGGAAUAAAUGAAUUAACCGUGUACAUCUCCACCAUGGAACAGUGCUCAGCAGUAAAAAGUGAUUAACUCUUGAUAAUGUCUGCAGCAAUACGGAUGAAACUCAAAUCAUUCUGCUAAGGGGGAGAAGCCAGACCAACUGGCUGAGUACCACACGGCCCCGUGUGUAGGGCCUUUUGGGAGGGGCAGAGCUGCAGGAAAGAGAGCAGGCGUGGGUGCUGCUGGGGAAGAGACGAGCAGGUGUCAGGACAAGGCAGAGGGGUCAAGUAAGAGGGAUGGGGAGAGGAAGUAUGGGUCUGUUCUGUAUCUCGAUUGUGGCGGGUUAGUACAUGAAUAUGUAUAUUUUCAUCACUCUCAGCUGUACAUCAAAAAGAAUAAAUCCCUACAUUUAAAUGAAAGGAAAUGUCUUCAAAGAGUAAUAAUACAGGAAAAGUGUCAACAAUAAGUGAAAAAAUACUAUAUAGGCUAUAAAGCUAUUGUACAAUUCAGUUGUUUGAAACAUUAUACAAAUUAAUUAAUUAUUUGGCUUUUUUGAAACAGGGUCUCACUAUGUAGUUCAGACUGGCCUUGAACUUAUGGUGAUCCUCCUCCUCAGCCUCCUGAGUGCUGGGAUUACAGGCUUACACCAUAGUUGUUGGAAUCUCCUGGCUUUUGAAUUCCUACACCAAAAAUGUUAUUUAUUGGGUAGCUCCUUCUUAAAGUGGCUUGCCAAAUAAAUGUUAUUUGACUUUGGAUUGCUCGCCUUCCCUUCUGGAGUUAUACUCCAGAUUGUUCUCCUCCAGAACAAAGACAUGAAUGAAAUGAGCAAAGAGCCGUGGCAAAGUUUGUUUGAAAAAGUAAAAGUGGAG